AUGUUUGUCAGAAAAGAGCUGUUUAAGGAACUAUAUAGAAAACUAUUCAGGGUAUAUUUUAUUUGUUUAAUACUUCUAGAUAUUUCAGCUGGCAUGGUGUUAGCUGAUGAUGUUUAUGCCAUUGAUAAUUUACCUCCAUUCAGAGCUUCAGUUAUGGAUGGUUAUGCUGUCAGAUCAACAGAAGCUAAAAUAGGUUAAACUCUAUCAAUAGUAAAGGGCAAAAAAGGAUUGGCUGGUGAAAAAUCGCAAAUCCUAGAAUAAGAUUAUGAUGUGUUAUAAUGCCUCUACGUAACAACUGGGGGACCAGUGCCGAAUGCUUUUGAUUCAGUUUUGCCAAUAGAAGAAACUGAAUUAAGUGAAGAUAAAUUAUCGAUAAAAGUCUUGAAGCAAAUGAAUGUAAAUCAAUUUAUAAGAGAGAAGGGCUCAGAUGUAAAGUAAGGGGAAAAGGUUCUAGAGCAGGGUUCUGUACUUAGAUCAGCUGAAAUCGGUCUCCUUGCAACUGUUGGAAAGAUAAGUGAAAUCAAAGUAUAUAAGAAACCUAUAAUAGGAUUACUCUCUACUGGAAAUGAACUGGUAGAAGCGAAUACUGUGGAACUCUUAGAUGGAUAUAUAAGAGACUCAAACAAAAUUAUGCUUAAAGCAAUGAUUUCUGAACACAAUAUUGCUUCAGAGGUUAGAGACUAUGGAAUCGUUGGAGACAAUGGCAUAUUGCUUGAUGAAGAAUUAUAGAGAGCUUCAAAUGAGUGUGAUAUUUUAGUAACAUCUGGUGGAGUGAGCAUGGGAGAAUUAGAUUUAGUUAAGCCAUAUAUUGAGCUUAAAGGAGAGGUUAUAUUUGGAAGAUUAAACAUGAAACCAGGGAAACCAACAACUUUCGGCAUUCUAAAUAAAUCAAUUAUUCUGGCAUUACCUGGAAAUCCCGUGAGCUCGUUUGUAACUUCUCAUCUUUUCUUAAUAAGAGCUGCUAAAUAUCUAUCUGGGCAAUUUGAUACUUAUUAGAAUCACUUGAUUAAAGUUUAGCUAAUUCCAAGAAAUGUUAAACUCGACAAGGAAAGACCUGAGUAUCACAGAGCUGUGGCUGUCUAGGAUUAAUUAUCUGGAAAAAUCUAUGCUUUUAGUACUGGAUCGUAAUUAUCUAGUAGAUUAAUAAGUGCCAGAAAUGCAAAUUGUUUAGUAAUUCUACCGAAAGCACCAUAAAGCAAUGAUAAUUAUCAAUGCUUCGGGGAUACAUAAGCAUUAGUUAUAGGAUAAAUAGUAACUAAAACUUCCAAUGAAAUUGCAGAAUUAGUCAAGCAGCAUGAUGGGUAAACAUUGAAAAAUUAAUGCUGUGGUGGGCAUCAUGGCCAUAACCACAAUCAUUAAGACUAGCAGAAUCAAGUAUCCUCUCUUAAUAGUCAAAAGGUAGAGAAUAUAACCUAGUAAUAGCAAAUUUAAACAAAUUAAUCAGCUGAUUUUAAAGUUGGAAUAAUCACAAUUAGUGAUAGAGCUUCUUCUGGAGAGUAUCCCACUGGAGAUUUAAGUGGUUAAGCUAUGAGGUAGUGUUGUGAAAGUUUUCCUCAUUAUUACAAUAUCAUAUAAUAGACUAUUGUCUCUGAUGAUAAAGAAAAGAUUAAAGGAGAAUUACUCAGAAUGAGCGAUGAACUUAAAUGUAACCUUGUUUUAACAUCAGGUGGAACUGGAUUUUUUGAAAGAGAUAUAACCCCUGAAGCAACCUUAGAAGUUAUUGAGAGAAGAGCAGAAUCACUAGCAAAUUAUAUCUUGAUAGAAUCAAUGAAAAUUGUUCCUACUGCUUGCCUCUCAAGAGCAGUAAUCGGUACUAGGGGAAAGACUAUGAUUAUCAAUCUACCAGGAAAACCUAAGGCUGUUAAAGAAAAUUUUGAGAUACUUAUGAGAAGUAAUGUGCUUAUUCAUGCUCUUGGACAACUUAAAGGGACAGACAAGCACUGA